AUUAGAAGCUGCGCAGGGGGUGACGACUGUUUGAGUUUGAUACUCAAAAGGCUUUUUACAACCAUGAACGCUCUUCUGGUUGUCGCUGUGGUCGCCCUGAUCCACGGAAGCUAUGCAACUUUGCUCAUUAAAGGGCCAAAGGAGGUCAUGGAGGGAGACACGUUGAUGCUGGAGUGUGUCUACUCAGACUCAGAUCACAACAUCAGCCAGGUCCAUUUUGAGGUCUACCUCAAGUACAUGCACGGCUGGCGUACUGUCUGGGAGAGUGAUUUCUCAGUUUGCUUCUAUAGGAUGCGAGUGCACCGGAUUGCGGACAAACUGUUCCUGUCUAUUCCUCGUGCAGGAAGGCUCUACGAGGGGCCCUACCGCUGUGUGUCAGAUGUUGACAAUGUGACUGAGCCAGACAACUCCUCCCAGCCUUUGGCCGUCAAAGUGCAAUACAUGGAUGAGCUGUCACUGUCCAGGGAAGGCUACAGCAGCUACCUGGCUCAGCCGCAGGAAGUGAGGGUGCGGCUCGGAGAUGACGUGGUGGUGAAGUGCUCUACCAGCUCAUCAGAGGAGCCCAGCUACUUCUGGCACAAAGAGGGUAGCGACUGGAUCCUGCCCUCCUCCACGCUGACGCUGAAGAAGGUGACUGAGAUGGAUGAAGGACGGUACACUUGCAGGGCCGAACAUCCAUCUGUAGAGUCCCUCAGCAAGAAACGCACCCUCAGCAUCACCGUGCUGCCUGAGGAUGCCGGCUGGUACGAGACCAGUAACGGCCGUCUCUUGCUGAUGACCUCGGCAGCGGCUGUGUCUCUCGUGGUGUUCAUCCUCUCCAUGAGCGUGUUCCUGUGCCGAAGGGCCAAGCAGAACAAGACCAGCAAGGGGCCCAUUGAUGACCGGUCUCAGAAAAAGCCCAUCUACAAAGCAAGCGUGGAGUCCCUGCCCUCCACCACUGGAGACAAACAGCCACUGGUGUGACAGCUCGGGCAGGUGGACGGGAGAAGGAUGGAGCGAGAGACGAGGGCGAUAGUGUGGGUGGCCAAAAGAUAAGAAUAUGGAUAUUGUGAGACAGCUUGGAAAGCAUAAUCAAAAUCAGUUGCACGCUGUGUUUUAAAAAAAAAAAAAAAAAACGCGCGAGGGGCAAAUGAAACCGAAACAGGUUUGCUUGUGGGUGUGGGCUGCAGCUCUGACUCUUUGGUAUAAAGGUGGACAAUUUUCUUUUUAUUUAUUCUGAAGCGCGCAAAAUGGUGGGCUACAUUCUUAGCAUAAUGAUGAUGAAGGAUCUUGUGUACUUGUGUAAGAUCCAUAAAGGCUCCACAUGUAAUUCUGUCUUUUCUGUUGCGCGCAUAAUUGCUCAGCUGUGUAUAAUGAAUGAACCAUUUGGCGGCUGAAAACAUCUUUGAGGAAGCUAUUAUAUUCUCUUUACGGAGACAGCUCUCAAGCACAUGGCAUCGUAAUAUUUUAUUUACUGUACUUUGGAUUUCUUUGAUAUUAAAGGGCUUUCCGAUGAUUGGUA